UAUAUCGUUGGAGCCCUUGGUUCAGCUGUUCUGCAAACUGAUAAACGCGAAGUUGUGGUUUCUUAACCAAAAUUUCAAUGCUUUCUGAAUUAAAUCGUGUGUGUUACUUAUUAAGAAGUGUUGUUAGAGCUCAGAGUUCACGCUGUUCAGCGUUGUACAGUUCCCCACAAACGAAAGCAAUGAGCACGUGCAGCAGCAACUCGAAAAACGAUCCAUCUGAUAUUGUGUGGAUGGAUCUGGAAAUGACUGGCUUGGAUAUAGACAAAGAUCAAAUCUUGGAGGUCUCUUGUAUUAUAACCGAUAAACAGCUCAAUGUUAAGUCAGAGGGUCCAUGCUUUGCCAUAAGACAUGCUGCACACGUCUAUGAAAAAAUGAACGAAUGGUGCAUUAAACAUCAUAACGAAUCUGGCUUAGUGGAGAGAUGUAAAAAUUCAGAAAUUACACCGGAUCUAGCAGAGAAUGUUAUCCUGAAAUACCUCAAGGAAAAUAUACCUGAACGAAAAUGCCCGCUGGCGGGAAAUUCUGUGUACAUGGAUCGUCUUUUCUUACGCAAAUAUUUCCCCAAUGUUGAUGAAUAUUUGCACUAUCGAAUUAUCGAUGUAUCGACAAUCAAGGAGUUGGGUAAUCGCUGGGCUCCCGAUGUGGUCAAAGCGGCGCCAAAGAAGAAACUUGUGCAUCGUAGUCUUGAUGAUAUUAAAGAGAGCAUCGAGGAAUUAAAAUACUAUAAGGAGCAUUUAUUUAAGUGAAUAGAGUAAAUGUUGUUGAUAAAUGUGAACAUUUAGUUAGUACGUAAAUGCAAGCAAAAGUAAAAUUCUAUGAUUAGAAACAAAAAUACGUAAGCAAUAAAAAACUCGAUUUCUCAAUAGACGCCAUUUAUAUUGUUAUG